AUGUCCAGGCGAGUUGGGAAAAUUGCCACCAAAGCUUCAUCCUCUUCUGGUUCGUCAAGCACGAAGCCCAUAAGAUGCAACUUCCACCGAGCCCCCUGCGUUGUCAACACUUCUCGAACAGAUGACAAUCCUGGAAGAUUGUUUUAUUCUUGCCCGUUUUGGAAGGAUGAAGAGAAGAACUGUCGUUUUUUUCGCUGGGUUGAUGCAGUCACAGAGAGUGACUUUAUGCUUGGUGGACUUAUGGAAGAGAAUGAGCGGCUAAAGUCGACAUUGGAGGCAUUUGAAGGACAACUUCGUAGGGCAGAAGAGAAAGCAAAGAAAAGGAAACAGGAGAAGUUGGCUAUGCUUGAAGACUUGACGAAGGUGACCGAGAUCAAUUCAGCAAAGUUUUGGUGA